CGGGGCAGGGCGACGCGGAGGGGGCCGGUGGAGCGUGGAGCGCGGGGUCCAGAGUGGUUUGUGCGCCAAAGUUUCCCUAGCGCCGCGCUGCGCUACCUGAGGCAGCCGAAGAUGUAACUGGAGGGGUCGACGGCGGCCCGCGGACUAUGCUCGCGCUCCUGGGCGUGGCGACCCUGAUGCUGGUCGCUGGAGCGCCAUGGGUGUUGCCCGAAGCUGCAGAAGGAACAAAUCUGAAACCUCCUGAAAAUGGAGAGGUCUCCAUCAUUGAUGACAGUUUCACCCUGAAGUGGAACAGGAGCGGUGGAUAUUUCAAGAACGUGACUUUUUCAGCAGAGUAUCAAACACCAGGGAUGGGUAAUUGGAGAAAACUGCUUGGGUGUCAGUAUGUUACUCGUACCGAAUGCAGCUUUUCUUCACUCCACUUAAGAAGUGUUUACGAAAAUAUUAAAUUGCGCAUAAGAGCAGAAAAAGGAAACAGCACUUCUCAGUGGCAUGAGGUUCCCCCGUUUGUACCAUUUAAAAAAGCUCAAAUUGGUCCUCCAGACGUACGUUUAAAAGCUGAAGAUAAGGCGAUAAUAGUAAACAUCUCUCCUCCUGGAACAAAAGAUAGUACCAUGUGGGCUAUGGAUCAAUCAAACUUUCUGUAUAGCUUGGUUAUCUGGGAAAACUCUUCCAGUCUAGAAGAAAGGACUGAAAGUGUUUAUUCCAGAGAUAAAAUUUAUAGACUCUCACCAGAGACUACUUAUUGUUUAAAAGUGAGAGCAGAACUGCGUUCAUCAAGAAAAUUCGGUGUCUAUAGCCCGGUGUCUUGUAUAACUACCACAGUGGAGCAUAAACUGCCUUCGCCAGAAAAUAUAGAGAUCAGUGCUGAAAAUCAGAUCUAUGUUCUGAAAUGGGAUUACACAUUUGAAAACAUGACCGACAUGACCUUUCAAGCUCAGUGGCUCCAUGCCUUUUUAAAAAAGAUUCCUGGGGACCAUUCAGACAAAUGGAAACAAAUACCAAACUGUGAAAAUGUCAGAACAACCCGUUGCGUCUUUCCUCAAAGUGUUUUCUCAAAAGGAAUUUACUCCAUCCGUGUACGAGCAGCGGAUGGAAAUACUACAUCUCUGUGGUCUGAAGAGAAAAAAUUUAAUACCGAAAUGCAAACUGUCAUAUUUCCUCCAGUCAUUCACGUGAAACUCAUUGGUGAGGACUCACUGCGCGUCUCCAUCGGGGCUCCAGAAGAGUCUGAAAACAAGUCUGGGUACCAGCUUUACCCGCUAAUUUAUGAAGUUGUUUUUCGGGAAAACACUUCAAAUGCUGAGAGAAGAGUUCUAGAGAAGAGAACUGAUUUUACUUUUCCUAACUUGAAACCGCUGACGGUAUAUUGUGUCAAAGCCAGAGCACUGGUUGAGAGCAACAGGUGGAACAAAAGCAGUGUUUUCAGUGACACUGUGUGCGAGGAAACCAAACCAGGAAAUACUUCCAAAGCCUGGCUCAUAGCUGGAAUUUGCACUGCAGUGUUUUCUAUCGUCGUUGUCAUUUACGUUGUGAAAGCCCUCUUGAGAUGCGUCAGUUAUGUGUUCUUCCCGUCAAGUAAACCUCCUUCCACUAUAGAUGAGUGUUUCUCUGAAAAGCCACUGAGGAACCUCCUCCUUUCCACUUCUGAGGAACAAACAGAAAGAUGUUUUAUAAUUGAAAAUACAAGCACUGUUACUACAAUAGAAGAGACUGAUCAAAUUGGUGAAGAUUACAAAAAAUACAGUUCCCAAACUAGUCGAGAUUCAGGAAACUAUUCUAAUGAAGAUGAAAACAGUGGAAGUAAAAUAAGUGAAGGACUUCUCCAAGAGGAACCUGUGUGACCGGAAAUGAACUCUAAAAUAUUAGGGAGUCUAGUGGGAGUUGUAGUGGGAGCCAAGCUCCGAGCUCCUCUCAGUAACCAUCAAGAGACUAUGUGCUUGUGGGGGAAGAGAAAAUCAUCUUCCGAUCAUAGGUCCUAAAAAUACAGGAAAGCACUUAACUACUUAAAAUGAAUUUGGAGAAGAGUUUCCUACCGUCUUUUCCUGUGUAAAGUCUUGAGAGACCUGUCAUUGGACCUGCCUGGGAUGAAAUGAGUUAAACCCAGAAGCUGCCCCUGUCCUCCGGAUGACAUCUGAAGUCCCCGUGCUGUUUUGUGGCUAGAACUCCCAGUACAAGGCUGAGCGGAAGUGAACAGUGUCCUGUUCCUGACCUUGGGGAGAAAGCUGGUGGCCUUUCUCCAUUCGCCGUGGGACUUUCGUGGGCGCCCUUCAUUAGAUGGAAGAAGUUACCGUCUAUUCCUAGUUUGUUCCGUGUUUUUAGUUUUUAUCAUGAUAGGGUGUUAGAUUUUUGUGAAAUGCUUUUUCUGUGUCUACUGAGACCAUCUUUUUUUUUAACCCUUUAUAUUAUUAAAAUAGCAUAUGACAUUGAUUGGUUUUUGUAUAUUAAACCAACCUGCAUUCCUGGGAUAAAUCUCACUUGGUCAUGGGGUAUAAUUCUUUUUACAUGUUGCUGGAUUCCACUGGCUAGUAUUUUGUUGAGGAUUUUUGCAUUUAUAUUCAUAAGGAAUGUUGACUUGUAGUUUUCUUCUGAUGCCAUUGUCUGGUCUUGGUAUCAAGGUCAUACUGGCCUCGUAGAAUGAGUUGGAAAAGGUUUCCUUCUGCUCUAUUUUUUGGAAAAGCUGAUGAAGAUUUGGUAUUAAUUUUUCUUUAAAUGCUUUGCAGAAUUCACCAGGGAAACCAUGCUGACUUGGUCUUACAUUGUGAGAAGCUGGACUGUAAUUGGCUUCUUUGGUGUUUCCCAAUAUUGACCAUUUUAAAAUUAUAAUAUUCCUUAAGUACGUGUGAAUUUAAAACUGAAUAUAAUCUUCAGUUUGUAGCUCUCAUACAACCACAAAACCAAAUCAAAUUUAUAAGUGAAUUCUAAUCAAAACUGUAAAACAAUAAAAUUAAGGCAAAAAACAUUAACCCAAUAUUUAGAAUAAUGUUAUUUGUUAAAAUUAAAUUGCCACUGGCAGAAUGAAUCUAAAGUGAAGGUUCUUAUGAGCUCAGCAUGGCUUGUCUCCCGUGUACCCUAUAAUGAACCAAUUUAAUAUGUAAUUACUUUUUUAAAAAAUCAAACUAUGAUGAAUCUCUGAUUGUAUAGUACAUAGUUAAUACCACUUAACCAUAUUUGGCAAGUUUAGAACAUGUUAAGUCUGUCUCUGUUUAUGUCCCAUUACCUGGAUAUGGUCAAAAUAGUGCUAGCACACCCCAAGGAAACCCUAAGCACAAACACAUGAUAGGUUCAUUCUGAUGAUUCCAGAAUUUGCUUAUAUAUGUUUUUUUAAAGAUUACCACCAAAAUGAAAGCAAAUUCUUAAAUUUCUGGAAGAGACUUAGUGUGCCCCACAAAUAAGUCUGCAAUUUGGGAAACAUCGGCUUGGAACUUUUUUUUAAUGGUGUGCCUCAAUCCGUGCCAAAGAGCUCCACAUGAAUCCUUACGCAUGAUUACCCUCAGAAGAUAGUUACUCAAAGUAUGGUUAUACAUGUAGCUUCUUGAAGUUCUUCCAUUUAUAAAUAUCUCAUCUUGAACAACAAGGAAAGAAAAAAAAAGUAAAAAUCUUGUGCAGGUCACCAUGACCUGACCCAGAAAUGACUUGGUUGUUGGUUUUCCUAAGCAAGAACAAAGCAGUUGAGCAAAUACUUAGCCACCACCUCCUCUACAAAACCACUUUUGCCUUUUAAUGAGUAGGACUUUAUAGUGAAUGAAUCAUUGAGAAGGAAGCCCCACAUCUAUAGAAAUAGCCUUGGAGAGGAUGGGAAGCAGUAGACCCUGCUUCACAGCUGAGUUGGACCUGACCCCAGCCCUGGCCCCAAGGUAUGACCACUGCACUAACCCUCCUGGCUGAGUUGACUCUGACUCAUCCUCUUACUCUCAUCUUUUGAACAAGAUCCUAAAGACGGGGGUUACAGAACAGUCAGAGCUAUGAUCCAAGACAGAUGACUAACAUUGCAGCAUCUCCUGGCCCAUCCGCCCCAGGGAGAAGCCAGACCAUGCUGGGUACCACAUUGAGGUUAUGGCCAAAGUGCAGUGUGGAACAGUGUUUGGAAUCACUUCUUCCAUCUUUGUCUACUGAACCCAAUAAAUAGCCUUAAAAUGACCUAAAAGAUCUCCUGUCACUACAGAGCAUCGUGUAACAUGUUCACAUCAAUUGACUCAUGUGGGAAAGUUUUGCGGGGACUUGAAUGCUUUCCUUUCAUCUUAAUUCAACUAGUUAACUCAGGAGCCAGAUGGAAAAAUGGUCAAGCCCUAUAAGAAAUUGAAAAAAACAAAACUAACUUUCCAAAAUGGUAGGCAAAUUUGUUAGGUAUACUCUAAAAUUCUCUUUAAAAUUUCUUCUCAACAAACCAAGAAACUGAGUAUCUCCAUAUGUUUUAUUUGGAGGGCUCAUUUUCGGGCCAAUUUUUAUGACUGAAAAUUACUCCAUUUUCAUCUCAUUGAAAUCUGUUCCAAGUUAUGUUAAGACUUUUUACAAUGUUUACUGCACGUUCUAACUGCACAGCAUGCUCGAGGAACAUGAAAUAGCUUUCUAAUAGAGGAAUUAAGGAAUCAGUUCCUUAAUUUUCACCAUCUGGCAUCUCUUUUCUCCCAACCACAUCACACAUCUAAGAUUCAGGCAGUCCCCAGAGAGCUCACUGUAAGAACUGCUAUCCUGUCUAAGCAUGGCUGACAGUACAGUAAAGCAUCAAAGAGAGCUCAUCUAAUCAUCCACUUUUCUGAACAUAGAAAGCAGCAGAUGGCUGGAGAGGCUGUGGAGAAAAGAGAACCCUCCUAUAUGACUGGUGGGAAUGAAGUUUAGUGCAGCCAUUAUGGAAAACAGUAUGGAGAUUCCUCAGAAAACUAAAAAUAGAUUUACCAUAUGAUCCAGCAAUCCCACUCAUGGGUAUAUAUCUGGAGGGAGCUCUAAUUUGAAAAGAUACAUGUAACCCAGUGUUCAUGGCAGCACUAUUUACAAUAGCCAAGACAUGGAAACAACCUAAAUGUCCAUCGACAGAUGACUGGAUAAAGAAGUUGUGGUAUAUUUAUACAGUGGAAUACUACUCAGCCAUAAAAAAGAAUAAAAUAAUGCCAUUUGCAGCAACGUGGAUGGAACUAGAGAUCAUCAUUCUAAGUGAAGUAAGCCAGAAAGAGAAGAAAAAUAUCAUAUGAUAUGACUUAUAUUUGGAAUCUAAAAAAGGAGAAAAGAAAAAAGAGGACACUAAUGAACUCAUCUACAAAACAAAAACAGACUCAUAGACAUGGUAAACAAUCUUAUGGUUACCGAGGGAAAGGGGGUGGGAAGGGAUAAAUUUGGGAGUUUGAGAUUUGCAAAUGUUACCCACUAUAUAUAAAAAUAGAUUUAAAAAUUUUUUCUUCUGUAUAGCACAGGGAACUAUAUUCAAUAUCUUAUAAUAACCUUUAAUGAAAAAGAAUAUGAAAACAAAUGUAUGUAUAUGCAUGACUGGGACAUUGUGCUGUACACCAGGAAUUGACACAUUGUAGCUGACUGUACUUCAACAGGGAGUGUUUUCCCUGGCUCAUCACAGAAGAGGAAGUCAGAAAUCCAAAGCAUGAAGAUUCAACUCAGCCUUUCUGGAGAGAGGGAGCCCCAUCGCAAAGAAUUUGGGUGGCCUGUCGCCACUGGUGGACAGUCAACAUGGAACUAAAGUUCAGGUCCUUAGAACUACAGCUUCAAGGAACAGAAUUCUGCCAACGACAAGAACAAGCUUCAAAGGGGGUUUUUCCCCAGAGUCUCCAGACAAGCGCUCAGUCCAGACAACACUUUAUAAUAUGCUGAGCAGAGCACCUAGCCAUGCCUGCACAGUAUGGUCAACAACCUGCAGGCUUAGAAAUUGGGAGAGUUCAUCUUAAAUGACCAAUUACCUAUGGGGGUUGAGUGCAUAUUUCCCCUGAGCAAAAAGUGUUCAUUUGACCUCAUUAAAAUCAUAACUAUGUAGAAAAUAA